AUGUCUGACACGGUCUUUCUAUUAUCCCCAUUGAACGAGCUCGCCUCAGCUGUUGUUGAGGACGAAUCCAACAGCGCCCGAAGAUAUCUAGACCCCGUUCGCCCCCAAAAGCCGUGCCUGCGCAUUGGUCUGGGCGAUGCCGAAUGCCCGCCAGUCCUGGCCAGCUUCGGCAGACGUGAGGGCUACGACGUGCAACUCCCCCUCCAAUUUUCCCGGAGAGAACAAUGCUUCUUCAAUUUCAACAAAGAGAGUGGAGAGCUUCUUCUCCACGACACAUCUGAAAAGAACGACACACAGCUCCAAGAGAUCCUCUCUCUCCCGACCAAACAAGAAGAGGGGCAGGACGAGGAGGACGAGGAGGAGAAAACCCGUCGGCAAUGCGUUGUGGUUCUCGGCGCUGACGAGUACCGGGGCGAAUGGAGCGGUCCUGCUGAGCGCCAAUGGCUCUUCAAGAUGGGCCAUGCUGAGUUUCUACUGCGAGCACCAAGAGGGCUUGAAUCAGUAGAGGCGGCAUCUAUCGCUGAUAGACAAGCGUUUGCACGUGGAGACGGCCAUGAUCAGACCAUCGUCGCGACGACGCCGCGAUUAAACCAAACCCAGCUAUCAGAGGGACUGCCAACCACCAACCCACCUCCAUCAACAGCUGCGGGCCACAACGAUUGUCAGGUCAUAACUCCGCUUCUGCCUGGCAACACCCGUGAGAUCCGUUUCAUCAAGCUAAAGAGGCUUGGUAGCGGUGCCCAAGGCCAUGUGCUUAGGGUUGUUGACAAGGAGAAUGGCAACCUCUACGCUUGCAAGAUUGUCCGGUUUGAAGAAGAAGAAGAUCCGGAGCCUAAGAUCAAGAUGGCGAAGAUAAAGAAAGAGGUGGCCAUGGUUAUGGCUUUACGUCAUCCUCACAUCGUGCCGUACACGCAUGCACAGUGCAUCGACAACCCCGGGCUGCAGGUACAGAUAUUCAUGCCUCUCUAUGACUUCAGCCUCCAGCAUCUACUGGCCCGGCUCCAAACUGAUGAUGAUGAUUCACGCAUGAUGGUCGCCGCAAAGAUGCUUUCCCAAAUGCUGCAAGCACUAGCCUAUGUCCACGGCCAGAAUCCACCGAUCAUCCAUCGAGAUAUCAAACCCCCGAAUAUUCUCUGCCGAGGCGAUGACUUCUUUUUGGCAGAUUUUGGCCUUGCCAAGGUCGUUGAUACAUCGCACAUUCAAGUUGGGACCAAUUGGUACUCCGCGCCUGAAGUCAGAGAGCGCGGGGAACAGUCGCCAAAGGUUGACAUUUGGGGACUAGGCGUUACAGUGGCGGAAUGUCUCCAGAAAUUCCCCCUCUUGCGGACGAGAGGCGAUGUCUAUGAAACCAUGUUGGAGUGGAGUGAGUACCUAGAGUCAAGCUUGUGCGAUCUCGAUCCCUCCUAUGCACCAAUGGUCAACCUGGAUCCCAAUCAUCGCCCAACCGCUCAUGCCCUGCUCGAGAUGCAGCAGGAGCUGGCAAGCGGACCUACACCCAUGGAUUGGAGACCACAGACAGGACCCCUCACAGGACCUUGGCCACCACCGGCAGCCGUCCUCCCUGGAAGUCCUCAACACGCGCAAGAGGAUGCGGGAGCGCAGUCACACCGAGCAGCGAGUCAACCGCCGGACAUGCCCAAUACCCAACGGGGACAGCCAGAAGAAGCCAGGCCCGAAGGCCCCGACCCGUCGACAAGCAGCAAUGACGAUGAUGACGGCAUCAGGCGACGGCUUCGCAAGCGCAAAGGAGAUCCAGCGGUGGUUCAAUCUGAACGGGCAUCGAAGCGAACGCGGCGGUGA